UCGCUAAGGGGAGGGUAGCGGCGAGGGUGCGGGCAGCGGUGGGUGCCGUUGGGCUCAGGGGAGGGUCUUUGCCGUCAUGUCGUCGGCAGGAGGCUUGCUGGAGAAGCCGCAGAUCAUCGCGCAUACGCAACACAGCCUGAACUACACUGUCUUCGACUGCAAAUGGGUGCCCUGCAGUGCUCGCCUUCUUUGCCUGGGCAGCUUCCCGCGCGGCACCGGCGUCAUUCAGCUCUACGAGCUGCAAGGCGGCCGCCUCAAUCUCCUCCGCGAAACUGAAAAAUCACGACCUAUUAAAUGUGGAACCUUUGGGGCUGCUUCUCUGCAACAAAGAUACUUAGCUACAGGGGAUUUUGGUGGAAAUUUAAAUAUAUGGAAUUUGGAAGCUCCAGAAAUACCAGUAUACUCUGUGAAGGGGCAUAAAGAAAUCAUAAAUAGCAUCGAUGGUGUUGGUGGUUUGGGAAUUGGUGAAGGAGCCCCAGAAAUUGUGACAGGAAGUCGUGAUGGGACAGUGAAAGUCUGGGACCCGAGACAAAAAGACAUUCCAGUUGCCAGUAUGGAACCAGCACAAGGAGAGAGUACAAGAGACUGCUGGACAGUUGCAUUUGGCAACACUUAUAAUCAAGAAGAACGGGUCGUAUGUGCUGGCUAUGACAAUGGGGACAUCAAAUUGUUUGACCUUAGGAAUAUGACAUUACGCUGGGAGACCAACAUUAAGAAUGGGGUUUGUAGUGUUGAAUUCGACAGGAAAGAUAUAAAUAUGAAUAAAUUGGUAGCUACAUCGCUUGAAGGAAAAUUUCAUGUUUUUGAUAUGAGAACUCAGCAUCCAACUAAAGGUUUUGCUUCUGUUUCAGAGAAGGCUCACAAAUCCACUGUGUGGCAAGUACGGCACUUACCACAGAACAGAGAUAUCUUUGUGACAAGUGGAGGAGCUGGAAACCUUCAUCUCUGGAAAUAUGAGUAUCCUGCACAGCGCUCUAAGAAGGAUUCAGAAGGAACAGAAAUGGGAAUAGCAGGUUCGGUUAGCCUUUUACAGAAUGUGACAUUGUCAACACAACCUAUUUCUAGUCUUGACUGGAGUCCUGACAAACGUGGUCUCUGUGUCUGUAGCUCCUUUGACCAGACUGUGAGAGUACUCAUAGUCACAAAAUUGAACAAAAUUUGACAGGGUUUCCAACAAAGAAACUUUCAUGUGUGUUCCUGAACAAACUUAGAAAUUUAAUGAGAUGACAAAAAAAUGUGAAAAUGUUUUUUUUCAUUGGGUGUGGAUUUUACAGUUCUAUAAAAUGUGCCUGUAGUUUUAACAUAUUAAGACCUGUUCACUGUUUUAGAUGCCUUUAACUCCAAACUACCUUAUAUUUAUGGCACAAUUAGUGCAGUAUAACCAAUUUUGUUUAAAUGAAUUAUUUUAAUAUAUAUUUUGAAUUGGUAAGUACUCUAAAUACCGUUUGUUACUAUAUCUUGGAUUAUACUAUUUAAAGUUUGAAUAGCUGUUUUAAUAGAUUAAAUUUGUUCUUUUGUUAUUGACUAACUGUUUAAAACAUUAGUAUGUAUGUUCAAAUCAGUAAAUAUUUUACCUUAAAGAAGAAAUGUGCUUAAAAUGUGUGGUUGUGGUAUUUUAAAUAUUAAUAGAUUGAUUCCAUUUAAAUACAAAGAUGUAAUUUACUUGAUACAUUUAUAUAAUUCUUAAAAUAAGUUGUAUUUUUUGAUUACUUAGAUAUAAUGAUUUCAGAUUGUGUGAAGCAGCAAGAGUAUAGUCAUCCUGUCCUCUAGUGGGAGAGUGGGUAUAUUACAGAAAAUGAAACAAUAUAAAACAGGGUUUGAAUGACAAGCAUUGGAACAAAAUGAAUAUGUCAGAGAAGGUACCAAUAUGAUUUCUAAGGAUUCCCAAGAGUUUUAGUUAAGAAAUUGAUAUCAUAGUGGCUUGUAUAAUGGCUUUAUGGCUGUAUGACAUAACGGUUUGCAUGACAAAUUGAACCAUAAGUUAAUCACAGUCCUAGUCGUCUGCAUAUUUAGCCCCUAUAGAUAAAUGGUCAGCACAUUAUGUGAAAUGUACUUAACUGGGUUAAUUGAACUAUGGUUAUAUUAAUCAUGGGUAUUACGUUAAUAUUAACCAUGCAUUACAUGAAUGUAGUGACACUGAACCACAACUAGCCAACCACAUUUUAAUCAAAUGUACCAGCAAACUCAAUUUGGUUAGCUUAUGACUCAGUGUAUCUUGUAAACCCAGCAAGAACAAUAACAACAAUAAUUUAUUAAAUGUAUAUGCCGCCCAACUCCCAGUGACUCAUUAGAUUGAUUGAAUGCAACCUCUUAUAUAAUGGGUUCUGCAACAAACAGCAGAUCCCUCUUAUACAAAAGGGUUGCAUUUGUCUGCUUAGGUACAAAAUACAAAAUAUACAUCUUAAAUUAACUUAGAAUUCAGUUCCUUUCCAUUUUAUACAAAUAGCCACCAUUUUGGGGUGGGGUAGGAGAAUAUGAUUGUAUUGAAGGGCUACAAAAGAGUUGAGAUGUUUUUGUUAAUGAACAAAACUUAACUGCAUUUAAUUGUAUUUAACUAAAGUUUUAUGGCAAUGAAGUCUCUUCCUUUCCAGUAUUUCUCGUAUUAUGAGAUAGAAAGAUGAGGGUGGAAAAGUGGGAUCUAGAAUGCUUCCAUGUACAUUCAUCACAAUGUGAUUUGAUUCCUUAUUGGCAAUCUAACAGAAAUGACUCUGUUACGAAUUAUGAAUUAUUUUCCUUUCAGUUCAUACAUCGAGACAGUGUAGCGGGAAUUAAUGAGGAAUAGAGCUCUUGGGUAGUCUUUAGAAUCAGGAUGAAUUUGUUCCUAAUCCAGAUUAGGAAUCAAAUGCAGUGAGUUCUUUUUUUAAAAAAAAGAUAGUUGUAUAAAAUUGGAAUAUAUUGCCAGUAGCAGGCAGAAGAGCAGCAAUUAAUAAGUUGCACAUAUCUACACAUGCUACAGAUAGUUCUCCCAACAUCACAGUGCCUAAAUGUAAGUUUUGUAUUAAACUGGCAUAAGAAAUAAAGUCCAGAUUUUGAGUUCUAAUUUUUUAAACUAUUGUCAGUUUAAUUUAAAAUACUAAGUACAAAAGAGCAGUAUUAACUCUUGUGUUUAGUAUCUUAAAGCCAUGGUCAACAAUUUGUUUUUUUAAAUGUUUUCCUUUGAACGUAAAUUAUUAAGGGGAUCGGUCAGACCUCUGCCUACUUCCCCAAGAGCCAAAAUCUAUUGCCACAAGAUAUUGGUAAGACUAUCCUGAGUCCCUUUUGUUCAUGCCUACUGGCCAGACUAAACAAGUCAAAAGUUAACAUCCUAAAACAUACAUCUGUAUGUAAAGGGACACAGGAUAAGGAAUGCUACUCCAGUUGCAGCCAGGGAGACUUCCAUUAAAGAGGAUGAGCUAGUCAGACAUAGGAUGGUUGGGGUGAAAGACAAGGACCCAGUGGAGGGAGAAGUCUGUGGUACAGUUUAAUGAAGUGGUUGUAACAGUGUAAGUACGCAGAAAUAACAGAUCAGACCCAAUACAUAGCAGCAUCCCCAUCAGAUUGUUUAUAAGUGACGGCUGGCAAACCAAUCCUCACUUUGGGGGCCUGGGCUUGGAUCUCCCUAGAAGGGAGAGGCAGGCCACAUUAAAUAUCCAAAUGAAACCAGAGGAUUCAGGUGAGCAGCAAUCAGGACCAUGGAUGGCUUCUACUUUGUUCAGGUAAUGAAUGUGAGGAAAAAUGUGUCAGCAAACUGCUGCUGUCUUAGACUGAAAGUUUAGAAAAGCUGAUGUUUCAGUGGCUGCACUUCUAUUUGAUUAAGACUAUUUCUGUGGACUCAGAUGCCUUUAUAACUGGGAUAAGAGAAGCUGUGGGAAACAGUAAAAAAUACAGAUUCCAAAUGAAUAUUAGAAGUAAUUUUUAAAAAAUCCUAGCUGUAACAGCAAUAGAACCAAAUAUUCAGGGAAGCAGUGUCUCUUUUGCUGGAUUUAUUCUCUGUUUGGGACACUUUAAUUUGGAUUCCUGCACUGAGCAGGGAAAUGAAUCUGAUUGGCCCCGUCCACCUCAGUGAUCUAUGAGAGAUGUAUUUGGAGAUGUUAAUAGAAGAGGGUGUAGAUAAGGGUGCCAGGACUCCUUCUGAAAUGAGUAAUAUGUGAAUCUUAGUCCUCCUCAGGGUAAUGCUGAAUAAGACUGAAUAAAUAGGAUGCCAGUGUCAGGAUCCAGUUUAAGAUGCCUCCACUGUAAAAAAUAAAUGGGCAGCAAUACACAUUUCUUAUAAAAUGAGUCAAAAAGAUUUCCUGGGGAGAAGAGCUGGUAUUCUUUGAUACUCUGCUUAAGACCAAUUUAAUGACAAAAAGUGGAUGUGCGACACAAUAAACCUAUCUUUUGCACUGCAAGAAAUCAGUUAUAUUGAC